CAACGGCGACUUCGUGGGGAUUGACCAAAGGAAUAAGUACAAGCAAAAUUGUCGGCACAUGCGUUUAUAGUGAAGGAAAUACUCAUGCUCUGAUAAAUUGCACAAGCAAUCAAGCUUGUGGAUUAAAUUCAUUCGCUAUGGGUGGCCUUGCCCCGACAGGAAUUGUAAGAACAACUACAUUAGUGAAAAACGGAAUCGAUAAUAAUAUAACAGUUUUAGGAAAUCCAAGUUAUGCUAUUGCGGCUCAUGUUGGAAGAGACUUAUUGUUUUCUACAGAUGAAGUGAGUAUUUACAAUCUAAGCGCAAUUGUAGUAAAUACUUCUUGUAUGACGACUGAAAAUUUUGUUGGAGUAUCUAUGGCAGCUGACCCAUUAAUAAAUAUGACAAGCUUAGAUAACAACUUCAAUUUCCAUUUCAGCCCUGAUACUGUAUCAGAUUUCCAAGGAUUAUACGUCUUGGAUAGAGAUUUAUUUGCUUUUGCUAUUAUUUUAGCCGAUCGAAUUCGAAUGCAAAGUACAGAUACUAUUCAAGUAGGAUGGCUGAAUCAUACACAGAAAACUCUAAGAAGUAAUAUAGUAACUCUUGCACAAUGCAAUUACACAGCAAGAAUCGGGCUGGUGGAUAUUACCCAGAAAAAUAAUUCAUUACAAAGUUCGAUAAAAAAUUUGAAACCCCUCAGCGAAGCAAAUGUUGAGACAUUAAAUAUUCAAAUGAGCGGAUUUAAUUUUGAUUCUUUGACCAUAUCAAAUGGAAAUUCCAAUCCAGAAAUUGAUCCUUACAAAUAUGAUGGAAGAUACAUUUCUGGAUUAGAGACGGACUUUGCUAAAUACAUGGCCGCAUCGUCUAUGGUUCUCGUAGAUAUACUAUUGGCACAGGGUUAUCCCUCUAAUAAUUUAGCGUAUACCAAUGACACAUUUUCGAUAAAAUCUUGUGACAAUAUUGAAGCGACGAUCAUACAAUACUGGCCUUUAUUGUAUGUUUGGUUAUCUAUUAAUAUUAUUUCAUUACUAAUAUUGAUAUUAUUCACGGCAAAGGGGAUAUCAGAAAUAAAUAUUACCUGUUCUGGAGUAGAAUUGAGCACUUUGAUAUGGCAAGCAUUGACAACAAAGUGGGGGUUAGCAAGAUUAUUAUCGAAAGGUCACUGGAAUACGGAUCAAAAAAAUGCAUUUUUAUCAAAAAUGGACGUGAUACCAGAGAGAUUGGAAGCUUCAAGGAACCAUUUUGGAUUAACUUCUUUGGACGGGGAAAAUGAGAUUUAUUAA